GUGAGGUGAGCCUGUGCGCGGUUUAAAAGAAACAAAUGGGUUGAUGUGAUGUGGACAGAGGAUAUUUAAGUAGUUUUAAGCGAGUAAAUACGGCUAUCUGGCAUGUUUUCGUCGGUUCAGGCUGUGUUUCUCAUUGAUGUGAACAGUUUCGUAGGCCUAUCGAACAACGAGAGUGAAUUAGAGCGAAAUGUGGCCCGGUUGAAGUUGGGUUGCCUGAAGUUGUUGACGGAAUUUGGCGCGCGAACUGAGAAGGGCUCCGAGGAGGUGCGAUGGUCCUGUAAGUAUUAUGACUCCCUCUCCUUCAGGCCGGACACCACCAGGAAGAGCUUUGUGGACUUCAAUAGGAGCUCUUUCGAUGAGUUUGAAAAUGACGUCACGGACAGGUUUUGCAAAGCCUUUGACACCAAGCAGGCGCCGGGCGAGCAGCCCCUGGCAGGAGAGCCUGGCAAGCCCCAUUGUUACAUCCUGAAGAAGGCUCUGCAGGAGGUUCUCCUCGAUUACAACUGGGACAGGCCGGACAUCAGUUCGCCCGUGAAGACGAACAGGCGGAGGACGAAGGGCGGGCAGAGCAAACUCCUUCCCGAGAAUGUAGGUCCUUACAACAGUGUGAUUGUGUGCACUCGGGUGCCUCACAGCCUGGAGGACGUGAGGCUCUUCUGCGGAUGUGAUUCGGAGGCUGCAGAGGCGCAGGUGACGGCCGAAGACUUCCUUGGCACCGUUGUUGACCCUGCAUUGCUCAAAGGGUUCCAGGAAGACAAACAAAUACACCUGAACUUUAUUAACGUAUCAGAUGCCCCAAAUACAGCUGCAGUUGAUCCCCGUGUUACAAGCACCAUAAAUGCAGGUCUAAGCAAACUUAGUGGCAGCCUGCAUCCCCUUAGCAAUAUUGUCCAGUCAGAUGCGGUGCAGAUUGCAGCCAGUGACAAGGUCCCAGAGGCAGGGGGAAUAUUCCCGUCUCCUCCAGUAUGUGUCGCAGGGAUUGGUGUGCAAGUGACAUGGUGGAAGAAAGCGCGAGGAGCCCGGCCUCGUCGCCCUCAGCCGGGUCCUUUCUUGGUAUGGGAGGAUGCAGAAGGGAUAUCCUAUCUGAAGGUGCAGUUGGAGGUGUUGGCUGUCCAUGGAAGCUCCUCACAAGAAUGGGGAAAUGCAGUAGUAGUUGGUGUAGUGCGAACGAGUGCAGUGAGUGUAUUGGCUGUAGCAGGUGGAACUGGCCAUCUUUAUGUCUGCCAUGCCCCAAACACUGUGUUCACUACCUUGAUCAGCGUCCUUGCAAAAUAUCAGCUCUCAGUGCUGCUCAAACUAAACUGUGGAGGGGUUGCUGUACUGUGUCCAUGGGCAGGGGGAGUUGGUUGUCUUGCUGUUAUAUCGGCAUCAGGUCUGGCGACACCCCCACUACAUAGUCAAGCAGCUUCUCAGGAAACCCGGAUUACUGAUCCUGGUUUACUGAAUUUCGUUGCUCAGACAGUUGAGAAAUGUCUGAAGAAUGCCUCUCCACACAUGAAUGGGGAGACUAUAGUAACCACUAAGAGGUUUUCUGCCCACCAAACAGAAAGAUGGUAUAGGCCCUUAAAGGGAAGCAGUGAUGCUGUGAAAGAAAUCAGGAGAAAACGAGCCAACAGAAUGGAACGCAAAGCAAUGCAAGAGCGUUUGCAGAAAAGAUACCGCCCCCAGAUUCCUUGUCCUCUGUCAGCUGGAGAGAUGGGACCUGUUGAUCUUGUUGAUGUGACGCAACCAUUGGGAGAAGCUGGACCUUCUAAAAAGCCUACUAUGAGCCGUGCUCAACAGCUAGUAAAGAAAAGUCAUAUUGUAACAGCUCAACAAAAAGUAAAGGAGCAACGUGCAGAAGAAGAAGAACGCGUCCAAGCAACAGAGCGUAGGGCAGCACAAGCCUCAGAACAGGCUCGGAAGUCUCAGGCACUUGAAUCACAAGUUUUGAAUAAAGUGUCUGAUAUUCAGGACACAGAAAAGUUGAUCCAAACUCUGAAGAAUCUGUGCAAUGGUGAUGGCAUUGAGACAGACCUCUUUACGUCAGCACAAACUGUAAUUAACCUUGCCCUCAUGCAUGUCAAGAACAACUGUGGGAAAGACAUGGAGGGUGGAUUGCGAAAAUUGUUAGGUAGUGGUGUUAUCCAAACGACGGUGGAUAUCAAUAAUGAGCAUCCAGCAGAGUCUCAUCUGCACCAUUACAAACUACAAACUUUGUUGCACCUAGAGCUGUUAUGGGUCUUAGGUUAUUCAUCCAGUAGCCAAAUGGAGGAUGAAGAGGAAAGCAGGGGAAGCAGCAUCCGAGAACAUCAUGUGGAGGAGGCAGUGAAGAUGCUGAGGGCUAUAUCCCUUCGCCAUAACCCAACUACUAUGGCCACCUUAGGAGUAGAAUGGGCACAUAGCAAACAUGCUAAAUGCCAUGACUUGCAUCUUUAUGUUGGAACUCUUGGGGAGGUGCUAGUAGAAAUCUAUGAAGAACUAAAUCAACCUCUCCCAGGGCCACUGAAGAUUCUCACAGGAGACUUGAGUUCUGUGGCUGAUACGAGGCCCAAUUCUGUGAAGUCCCAUCAAAAUGGAGCAUGA